AUGAGCAGACCUCAGGCUCUGCUCUCAUCCUUUCUGUGCAGCACUAGCAGAUAUGCGGGGAGGGUGCUGCGGCUCCCGCUGCAACUGCUGCAGCUGCAGCUGGUGCUGCUGCUGCUUGUAGCGCCACAGCAGCAGCAUGCGGCUGCACAAGGGUUAGAGCCUCUGAAUGCUGGUCCCCAUGGGUCCACUGAUUCGGUGAUGAGUCUCCAAGAGGGCUUCUCAGGCCGUUCCCCUGGGAUCGUCUCCUCCAAAGUGGGGUCGCCCGGCCCGGGGGGUUCGUUGCCUGAGGGGUGGUCUCCGGACGAGACGGAAGCAGCUGCUGCUGCAGCGGCAGCUGCCUCAGCAGCAGCUGGAGCCGCAGCAGCAGGAGCAGCAGCAGCAUCUGCCUUCACACAGCCUGAUCUCGACAACCCGCACAAGCUCCCGCAGCAGCUUCCAGCGGCGAGUCGGUACAGGGAAUUGUUGUUUGAUUUGGGGGAAGACUCAACGGAGGCCUAUGCUACGUCUACUGCAGCAAAGCUACAGAAGGAGCAGAUGGCUAGGGCAGCACGAAACCGGAGAUGGACGUUGGGGCUGUUCUUGCUGGGGGCCUUCCUGAUCUUUGGGGUUCUCUCCGUGCGGCAUAACGCGAGGAAACGCCAUUUACUUAAACGUUUGAGGAGGAUGGAGGUCUUGGACUCGGAGGCAGAGCAGCUAGCUGAGGCCCUCGGUACUGAGGAGAGCCGGGUGCAGGGAGAUGUUGUGCAUAAGGCCCUACAGGAGGCGCAGCGUAGCAGAGAGGUUAUGCAGCAAAAGCAGCACCAAAGGCCAAUGCAUGCGGCAUGGGCUUGCAAGACGGAGCACGAGGCAUUGAAUACUAUUGAGGGAAUGCUGCAAGAAGCACUUUCUUCUCUUCGCUCUCUAGAUGGUGCAGCACGGCAGGCUCUGCAGGACGCUCAAAUGAAUAUGCCUGCUGGUGAUGUAUCCACACAGUGGGCUGAGGAUACAGAAAAAAAUCUGGAGGAUCUAGUUGGGAAAGACUACGCCGAGUCUCUGUUGCGGCUGCUGACGUUGCUGCAAGAGGACGUCUCAGGGCUGCAAGCGACAGCAACCCAAGUGAUGGAGCAUUCAAAAGAAACGCAACCCUUUGUAAAUGAGAAAGACGGGCUCCAGCUGAAGAGAACGCGCAUGCAGCUGCAGUAUGUAGGCUCUGUGGGUGGUGCGAUUUCCGUUGACAACGAGACAGCAUCACAGCUGCAGGCUCAGACACAGUCUGCGCUGCGGCAAGUGCUGAGGCAGGAGCUGGAGCGCCACAUGCAAGUAGCAGCGUAUGCAGUCGACCAAAUGGACGCGAUGUUGGAGAUGUACACAGGGGAAGGUUGGGGUAGCUCGCCUCUUAGACCGGGGUUGCGUGUGCAAGCGCAACAGCACCUCAAGACCGCGAAGCAGUUUCAGGCUCAGCUGGAGGAAGAAAGCGAGGAGCUACAGAGGGUGGAGAGUGCAGAAGACAUAUCCUCGCUGUACGCCAGGGCGGAUGAAACAUAUCAGGAAAUAGAACGGGCGCUGAAGAGAUGCGAAGAUAUCCUCAAGACGCUGCCUCCGCCUCCGUUGUUGGUGUUAGUUCAAGAGGAGCUGGUGGGGGUAGCAAAGAAGCACGUAGGAGGAGUGCAGAGGAUCGCUGCUUCAGUGCGGGAAAUCGUAAAGGCAGUAGAAAGCGAGGUGAGACUGGGAGUCAAGGUAGACACCAGCGUGCGCCUCAGCGGGCGCAGACCGUACACGUGCUCUGGUGCAGUGAAUAAUCUGUUGAAGGACUUGAAACAAGCAGCAGAAGAGGUAGACAGAAGCUGUAGUGCAUGCGAGGCUGCAGUUAAAGCCAUCACUCAGCGGCAGAGCGUAGCAGAAGUACAACGAGCAGCAGCAGAAGUGAAACAGGCAAUCGCAGAAGCCGCCGGGGCGCGCUGUUCAGUUGAACAUUUUCUCACGAAGUUCUCUCUAUUGUACGCACUAGAUGCCAGUAUUGCAGAUAGCGCCCAGGCAGCCAAUUUAUUUAAGUCCGAUGCGGCGCUGCCUCCUAAAGAAGGCUCCAGUGCAGGGGAAGCGCAAAGCAAGGCAAACUCCCCAGCGAAGGGACGGGCCCCUAGCGCGUCAGUACUAGAAAAAAUACAAAAGAUGAGAGAUGCAUUUGACCUGGAAUUAGCCUUUGUCGAAGAAGCUGCAACACUUGGUGAGGUAGCAGAAGCGGCCUCAAGAAUGCGGCGAAGCGCAAGGAAGAUCGUUUAUAUGGCGUACAGCUAUGGCUCCGGCAUAGCAGAGAAAGAAGGAGAAAAACCCAAAAGGCCCCCUGCGAAAGGCAGACGCCGCCAGAGGCGCAAUAAAAAAGCCAAAGGAGAAACACGAGCAAAGGCAGAAGAAGACACUGUCGAUUCGCCUCAUGCUAAUGAAGAAAGGAUACACUUUCGUGCUGGUACGUAUGAGGAUGGAGACGGAACAACAGACGAUGACGACGCUUACGAUGAGGAAGAUUAUGACGCAUCUGGUGAGUCAGACACAGACGAAGAAUCAGAGCAACAAGACUUUCCUGAGUCUCCCGAUGCUGGAGAAGAAAGCUUGGAUCCGUGGGGUGCUAUAGCAGGCGGAAUACAUGAGGCUGGUGAUCCUGGAGCGCCUGCUGCCAGUGAAGAUGAUAAGUCUUCUGAUCGUGGCGCUGCAGAACCAGCGUAUGCACCUGGAGCAGCGGGUGAUCCUAAAGAAAGUGACCCUGUCCUAGAAAGUGGUGGUCCUAUUGGAGGGGCACGUGAUCCUAGUGAAGAAACCACUGUGCGAGUUGUAGAAGUGGGUGAUUCUGCUGGAGAAUUGGAUGCUCCUUUUGGAGAAAUGGGUGGUCCUGUUGAAGGAGUGGGUGUGCCUGUUGGAGAAGUGGGUGAUCCUGCUGGAGCAGUGGGUGAACCUGCUGGAGACACAACUGACGUUUCUGAACGUCGGGAUGCUCUUGCUGGAAGCACGGGUGGGAGCGGAGAAACGGGUGGUCCUACUGGAGGAACGGCUGAUCCUGCUGGAGAAACGGGUGAUCCUGCUGGAGAAACGGAUGGUCCUGCUGGAGGAACGGGUGAUCCCACUGGAGAAACGGGUGAUCCUGCUGGAGAAACGGGUGAUCCUGCUGGAGAAAGUCGUGAUCCUGCUGGAGAAACUCGUGAUCCUGUUGGAGAAACGGGUGAUGCUGCUGGAGAAACGGGUGAUCCUGCUGGAGAAACUCGUGAUCCUGCUGAAAUGGGUGAGCAAGUUGGAGAAACGGGUGAUCCUGCUGGAGAAACGGGUGAUCCUGCUGGAGAAACGGGUGAUCCUGCUGGAGAAACGGGUGAUCCUGCUGAAGAAACGGGUGAUCCUGCUGGAGAAAUGGGUGACCCUGCUGGAGAAACGGGUGAUCCUGCUGGAGAAACGGGUGAUCCUGCUGGAGCAACCGGCUAUCCUGGUGGAGAAUCUGCUGGAGAAACGGGUUAUCCUGCUGGGCAAACGGAUAAUCCUGCCGAAGGCGUAGGGAAUCUUGCCGGAUCGGUCCGUGGGCUUCCUGGAGAAGCGGGUGGGCUUCCUGGAGCAAUGGGCGAUCCUUCUGGGGCAGCGGGUGAUACUGCUGGAGUUCCCCCUGAAGAAACGACUGGCCCUGUUUUAGCAGUUGGUGAUCCUGAGACGAGUGAUCCUAGUGAAGAAACCACUGAUCCAGUUGUAGAAGCGGACAGUCCUGAUGAAAAGGCGAGUGAACGUAAUGAAGAAAUGAGUGAUCCUAGUGGGGAAACGAGUAAACCUAAUGAAGAACCCACAGAUCUAGAAACGGUUGAUACUGAUGGAGAAGCGGGUGGUCCUGCUGAAGAAACGGGUGAUCGUGUUGGAGAAACAGAUGGUCACGUUGAAGAAGCGGAUGGUCCUGCUGGAGAAUUGGGUGGUCCUGCUGGAGCAAUGCGUGAGCCUGUUGAAUCAAACGGCGAGCGUGUUGGAGGCAUGGGCGAUUCUGAAGAAACGGAUGAUCCUGGUGCAGGAAUAGACGAUCGUACUGAGUGA